AACAGCAAUAUCGUCAAUAAUAGUGGCAAUAAAUUGGUUAAAAUAAAAACUGAAACGACAGCAACAGAACAAGAACCAACAACAUCAAUUGCCACCAAGACAUUAAACAACCGAACUACAACAUCAUCUGCUGGCUCAAUACAAACAAAAACAACAAUAGCUAUAGCUACAACCACUACAACAACAGCAGCAACAUCAUUAGCAUCGUCGUCUUCAACAUUAAGUAGUACAACAACAAAUCGACCAACAACCAAUACCAAUCAACAGCAGAUUCAACAUCACAAGACACGGCCAACAAACGCUACAACAAGCAUGUUACUAUUGCAACCAAAUAACACUUUCGGUACUCUUUCUCCGUUUGAUAAUUUUUCCACACAAUCGAACUCUCAACAAAACCAAACUCAAGCGUCACAACAUCAUCACCACCACCAUCAUCAUCACCAGCACCACAAUUCUUUACAAACUCAAAGUGGUGGACACCAUCAUCAUCACCAUAACGUGACGUCGUCGCAUAGCGGUAAUCAUCAUAUAUUGUCGGUGGCUUCGGAGGAUCAUUUGAUUGGCAACUUGACGGAUACCACGACAUCGGAGCAUUCGGAAUUAAUUGAUCAUACAUUUAAUCAAUUGUCAGAUUUAUUUUUUCCUGCCGAUUCAAAUCAAUCUUUACUCUCUCCCUCAAUUGAUCAAAAUCCUUCAAGGGAUACGGAUUCUGCGGCGCAUCAUCACCACCAUCAUCAUCAUCACAGCCAGCUGCAAGAUCUACACUCAUCCUGUGAGACUUUGGUGGGUUCCAGUGAGGAUAUUACCAGCUCUAUAGAGAACUUGACAAAACUAACCUGCCUGCGUGAAAAGAGACUUUCCUCAAUACCCGAACAACAUACAGCUACUACACCCAACUCCGAACAAGAUCAUUCUUCGUUGUGUUUCGAUCGUUCCACACCUCAAGAAAUUGGUCUACUCAGUUUAAGGUCUAGCAGUGAUCCGGCCAUAGCUUUACAUACUCUGCAGGAAAGACAAGCUUUACAGCAGCAACAACAACAAUCGGGCCACCAUAUUGGCCAUUCACGUUCGGGCGGAGAUCCUCUUUUAUCGCCUUUGGGCGGACCACUCUCACUACCCAGUUUUCAAGAAACCUAUUCUCUCAAAUACGGUACAUCCUCUUCAACUUCAGAUUCUCUAACUACAGAACUAACCAUUAAAAUGGAUGAAGAUUGUUAUCCUUUGUCCACAUCCACAGAGGCUAUAGGUGGACCUGCAUUGAAUCAACACACCACCUCCAACAAUAGCAACACUAACACAUCACUCAGCUCUCAACAUCAGGCGACGCAUACACAUCAUCAUCACCAGCAUCCUCAUUUGCAUUCGCAGUUGCAGAAUCAACACAAUUUGCCCGGCAGUCAUCAGCAGCUCCACAACCAGCCCCCACCCCAGCAACAGACAACAAAUAAUUUUAGUUAUCAUGGCCAUUUUAAUGCCACAACGACGCCAGCCUCAUCAAGUUCUUCGGCUUCCUCGUAUGAAUUCAAUAACGGCUCCAGUUCGGGCAAUGAAAAUGUCCAGAAUUUCAAUGCUGCGGCGGCGGCUGCGAGUGAAAGUUUCUAUCAGCAGUAUCAAUUGUCGCAACCAAAUAACUAUCAAUCUUCACCAGCUGAACGAUAUAGCUUACCCACAUUUCCUACCAUGUCCGAAUUGGAAGCAGCUUCGGCUGCUGCUUCCACAGCUGCUUUAGCUCCUCUGCGUAGAGCUUCGUUGCCCGUCAAUCGUUCUGAAUCACCCAUCACUCAUAGUCCGAAACUUCCUAAGCUGAUUAUAGGCAGUAGUUCAUCACUACACCUCAAGCAUCACACACAUUCGCAACUGUCGAGUGCACCAAGUUCAGCGUCCAAUUCGCCCAGUGUGCGACAGCAAACAUCGACGCCCAUACUACAUCACAUUACACAAACCACUGAUUUGCUCAAUGGCCGAGUCAUACCAACACCACCCUCGCAAUUGUGUGCGGUGUGUGGAGAUACGGCUGCUUGCCAACACUAUGGCGUACGAACGUGUGAAGGCUGUAAGGGAUUUUUCAAACGUACCGUCCAAAAGGGUUCCAAAUACGUGUGCUUGGCAGAUAAAAACUGUCCCGUCGACAAGAGACGACGAAAUCGUUGUCAAUUCUGUCGUUUUCAAAAGUGUCUAGCCGUCGGCAUGGUCAAGGAGGUGGUACGCACCGAUUCUCUAAAAGGUCGCCGCGGUCGUUUGCCUUCCAAACCCAAGUCUCCACAAGAAUCACCACCUUCGCCACCCGUCUCUCUAAUUACCGCUUUGGUGCGAUCACAUGUCGACACCACACCCGAUCCAUCAUGUCUCGACUACUCACAGUAUCGUGAGCCUAACCAAGAAGUCUCUCCCGUGGUAAUGAGUGAAGCGGAAAAGGUUCAACAAUUCUAUAAUCUUCUUACCACCUCGGUCGAUGUCAUUAAGCAAUUUGCCGAGAAAAUACCGGGCUAUUCUGAUCUUACGGCCGAAGAUCAAGAGUUACUUUUACAAUCUGCCUCUUUGGAAUUAUUCGUGUUGCGUUUGUCGUAUCGUGCUCGGAUCGAUGACACCAAAAUGACUUUCUGCAAUGGCAUCGUACUGCAUCGGACUCAGUGUCAACGUUCGUUUGGCGAUUGGUUGAAUGGUAUUUUGGAGUUUAGCAAGAGUUUACACAAUCUGGAGAUCGAUAUAUCGGCAUUUGCGUGUCUAUGUGCAUUGACACUUGUUACAGAACGUCAUGGCCUACGAGAACCGAAAAAGGUCGAACAACUACAAAUGAAAAUUAUUGGUAGUUUGAGAGAUCAUGUAACCUACAAUGCCGAAGCACAAAAGAAACCACACUAUUUCAGUCGCCUACUAGGUAAACUACCCGAACUAAGAUCGUUAAGUGUACAAGGCCUGCAGAGAAUAUUCUAUUUAAAAUUAGAGGAUCUAGUGCCGGCGCCCGCCUUAAUCGAAAAUAUGUUUGUGGCCAGUUUGCCGUUUUAAAUAGUAAUCAUCCCUUCCUCUAAAUAAACACACAAAAAA